AUGACACGAGCCGAGCCAAUUGCCAUCAUCGGCACGGGCUGCCGAUUCCCAGGCUCGGCCUCCACUCCGUCUCGACUCUGGGAACUCCUCCAGAAUCCACACAAUGUCGCAUCCAAACCCCCCUCCGACCGGUUUAACAUAGAUGCAUUUUACCAGGCCGGCAAGGCCCGUCCAGGCAUGACAAAUGCCCCAGAGUCAUACUUUCUCCAGGAGGAUGUCCGGACGUUUGACGCCCCCUUGUUUAAGAUCUCUCCUGCGGAGGCAGCGUCAAUGGACCCCCAGCAGCGGUUGCUCAUGGAGGUCGUGUACGAGUCACUUGAAAGGGCUGGGCUUCAACUGCAACGUUUAACGGGAUCUCAGACAGGGGUGUAUUGUGGCUUCAUGAAUUAUGACUACGGCCAGCUACUCAAUGCGGACACGAGUGCCUUGCAUCCUUUUUUGCUCUCGGGCACGGCUCCCGCGGUACUCGCCAACCGUCUGUCCUACUUCUUUGAUUGGCGCGGGCCUUCCUUUGUCCUCGACACAGCAUGCUCCGCGAGUCUCACAGCUCUGCAUUUGGCGGCGGAGGCUUUGCAGAAUGGCGACUGCUCGCUCGCGGUUGCGGCAGGCAGCAGCCUGAUCCUUUCCCCGGAUCCCUAUAUUGGGGAGUCUCAGAUGCAAAUGCUGUCACCCACGGGUCGCAGCCGCAUGUGGGAUCAAGCUGCGGAUGGCUACGCCCGCGGUGAAGGGGUGGCUGCGCUGGUGCUGAAACGUCUGUCAGAUGCAGUGGCUGAUGGUGAUCCGAUUGAAUGUGUUAUUCGCUCUACAGGGAUCAACUGUGACGGCCGUACCAAGGCCCUGACCAUGCCGAAUGGUGAGGCGCAACUGGAGCUGAUUCGCUCGACCUAUGCGCGCGCAGGUCUGGACCCCCUUCGCCCGGAAGAUCGUUGCCAGUACUUCGAGGCCCAUGGGACAGGAACUCCGGCUGGAGAUCCACAAGAGGCAUCUGGGAUUGCCGGUGCCUUUUUCAAUGAAGAGUCCCAGGCGGACGAUAUCAUGUAUGCUGGAUCCAUCAAAACGGUGGUUGGGCAUACAGAAGCCACGGCUGGCUUGGCGGGUGUUAUUAAAGGAUCUCUGGCUAUACAACAUGGUGUUAUACCACCAAAUCUAUUAUUCAACCAACUUAGCCCAUUAGUGGCUCCACAUGCCUCCCACCUCCGCAUCCCCACUCAACCCAUUCCUUGGCCAAAGCUUCCUCCCGGAACACCGCGGCGUGUGUCAGUCAAUUCUUUUGGAUUUGGUGGUGCCAAUGCUCAUGUCAUUCUGGAGAGCUUCACCAGACCCGAGCAGAUCCAGCCGCACCGCGAGCCUACUAUACCGGCAAUUCUCCCCUUUGUGUUUUCGGCUGCAUCUGAAGCAUCACUCACGGCGGUCCUGAAGCAGUACGUCGACUAUUUGGACGAGCGCCCUACGUUAGACCUGCUGGAGCUGGCCGCUUCUCUCAUUUCCAAGCGAUCCAGCUUGACUCAUCGUCUGAUCCUCACCGCAGACUCGGUAGAGAGCCUUCGCGAGGCACUAAACGGCGAAAUACAAAAACGCCCUGGUGAUACAUCAUCCACGAUCACACGACGUGUCGGUGCUGAGCCGAAGAGGAUAUUUGGUGUUUUCACAGGUCAGGGAGCCCAGUGGCCCCAGAUGGGCUUAGACGUAGUCUCUCAAUGUCCUCAGGCAGCGGGCUGGCUAAAAGAGCUCCAGCAAUCCUUGGACACCCUCCCAACAGAGUACCGGCCGACCUUCACCCUUUUUAAUGAACUAUCCGCUCCAGAGGCCACCUCUCGGCUUAAUACAGCAGCGGUGUCGCUACCACUGCGUACAGCCCUACAGAUAAUCCAAGUCAAAAUCCUGCGGUCACUUGGCAUAGACUUUGCAGCGGUAGUUGGACAUUCAUCUGGCGAGAUUGCGGCGGCUUAUGCUGCGGGACGGCUGACAGCGGGUGAAGCCAUUCGGGUCGCCUACUUACGUGGAGUGGCUGCACAGCAUGCUGGCUCUCCAGGCCAAUCAGGCGCAAUGCUGGCUGUUGGUAUCUCCUGGGAACAGGCACAAGCAAUAUGUAGCGAGGCGCCCUACUCUGGGAGGGUCUGUGUCGCCGCGGUAAAUUCUCCCUCUAGCGUGACCUUCUCGGGCGACAGCGAACUCAUAUCUGAACUCGAAUGGCUGUUUGAGAGCCUUGACCAAUCACCACGGCGUUUGCGUGUCGAUACCGCUUACCACUCGCAUCAUAUGAUUCCCUGCGCCGACCCAUAUAUCCAAGCCAUGAAAACAUGCCAGAUUGAGGGACUCCAGGGCUCGUCUACCACCAAGUGGUAUUCGAGCGUCUUUGAAAACCAGGUCAUAGAAAGCCUUGACAUCCAGUACUGGAGUGAUAAUAUGCUUCGCCCGGUGAACUUUUCGCAGGCAUUGACAGCGGCCAUGAAAGACAUCCCAGAGCUCGACAUGAUUAUAGAGGUGGGGCCUCAUGCUGCUCUUCAGGGUCCCACUUUGCAAACGCUGUCAAGCAUCAAACCGGAUGACGCCGAUGUUCCUUAUAUUGGGCUGGCUAAUCGUAAGUCUGGCGGCAUUGAGGCCCUGUCACGCGCGGUGGGCUCUUUCUGGGCGUAUCUGGGGGCGGAAAUGCUGGACAUUCUACCAUACCUCCAGCUAUUCUCUCCCUCUAUCGAACCGAAGUAUCUGCCGGAUCUGCCCACUUAUCCGUUUGACCAUAGUCAGAAGUACUGGGGCGUCCCGCGCUUGUCCACCGCGCGCAUUAAUCGUCGCCUCCCGAUUCACCCCCUUCUUGGGGCCAUCACUCCAGAAACCGGCGAGGCGGAGUGGCGCUGGCGCAACUACCUGCGGGCGCAGGACCUGGAAUGGGUGGAUGGACACCAGGUGCAAUCCCACGUCGUGUUUCCCGCCACGGGAUACCUCGUCAUGGCCCUGGAGGCUGCCCGCAUCAUCGCGAAUGAACGCCCCCUACACCUUGUUGAAAUACAUGAACUGACCAUUGACCGCGCCAUUUCCGUACCUGAUGACGCUCCCGGCAUGGAAACGCUCUUUACGUUCUACCGCACCAGCGGGAAUGAUGACACAAUGACGGGUACCUUUACUUGCCAGGCCAGCUUCGAUGGGACCUUCACUUGCUGUGCUUCUGGCCGCAUGGAGGUGGCGUUUGGCGAGCUGGAUGCGACGCUCUUGCCACCACGAGGGCCACCGACUCCUGGGAUGCGCUCGGUGGAUUCCGACCAUUUCUAUGGAGAGCUAGAGAAGCUCGGCUAUGGUUAUAACAAAUUGUUCCGGUCUCUUCAAGAUAUCAAGCGUCUUAAAGAUGUCGCAUCUGGUAUUAUACCGGCCCACGAUAGAGAGGACGACUCGAGACUGUUGUUGCACCCCGCUACGCUGGACACUGGCCUCCAGGCACUGAUUGCGACAAUCGGACAUCCCGGCGACGGCCAGCUAUCCGGCCUCUAUCUCCCUACUAAGAUAGCACGGACGACGAUCAACCCAGCGUUCUGCCGGGCGACCGAAAAUGUCUUCCAUGGCCCGUUCGGGGUGGAGGCCACGUUGUCCGGGAUUGACAAUGCCGGGAUGCGCGGCGAUGUCGAUCUGUUCACCCCCCAAGGUGAUGGGGUUGUUCAAAUCGAGGGGGUCCACAUUGCCCCUCUCUCCCGGCCCACCAUAGAUUCGUUCGCGGAAGAGGUUUGGGGUCCAUUGCUUCCAAACGCGACGUUGUCGAGUUCAGUGGGCACUCCAGAUUUCCACUCGCUCCGGCUUCAGGGGGAUCGUCUCGCUCUCCUCUACUUAAGGGAUACCCAGAAGCAGCUGACAACAGAGGAUCGCCAGCAGCUGGACUGGCACCGGGGUCGCUAUGUGGAGUGGAUGGAUUGGGUCCUGGCCCGGAUUUCUGCGGGGGAUCACCCCCUGUAUCCUGCUCAAUGGCUGGAGGGCGACGUUGAAUCGGUCAUCACGCCAGAAGAUACGAAGGCCAAUGAAAUCAUCGUUACAGGAUUGCAUGUGACAGGCGGAAACCUUUUAGGCUGGCUACGGGGCCAAACCAGCAUCAUGGAAGAGCUACGCCGGGAUGAUCUCCUAGGUCGAAUCUAUCGCGAGGGCCAUGAAGUUCACACGAUGACACGCAACCUGGCGGGACUUGUCGGGCAGCUAGCCUUUCGCUUUCCUCGAGCAAAAGUGCUCGAAGUAGGAGCGGGGACUGGUUCAGCGACACGAAUGGUGCUGAAUCGAAUUGGACGGGACUAUCACUCCUACACCUACACCGAUAUCUCUGCUGCGUUCUUCGAGGACGCUCAAGAUACUUUUGUCAAACAUGAAGAUCGUUUCUCUUACGAGGUGCUGGACAUUGAGCAGGAUCCCACGGAGCAGGGAUUCCAGGAGCAUGCGUAUGAUUUGGUGAUAGCGAGCAACGUGCUGCAUGCCACCAGUUCCUUGAAAAAAACCAUGACGCACGUCCGACGACUGUUGAAGCCUGGUGGGCGCGUGGCUAUACUGGAGUUGACGGACACCGAGUCCCUCACCUUUUCGUUCAUCUUUGGCGCCUUCGAGGGAUGGUGGCUAGGAGAACCCGAUGGGAGGAAAUGGGGCCCCUUGCUGUCUACUGAUGGUUGGGAUGAAGUCCUCCGGAACUCAGGCUUUGGUGGACUGGAGACCGCCUCGCCUCCUGAGGAAUCCAAGCUGCUAGGACUGUCGGCCUUUACUGCACAGGCUGUCGACGACCACAUUCAGCGCUUGCAGCAUCCGUUGUCGGUGCCCGCUAACAGUCAAUACCCCGACCUCAUCUUGCUGGGGGGUGCGACCGCAGCGACGGAGUGUCUAGUUUCCGCAGUCCGAGAGCUCAUAGCGCCCUUUUUUGGUCGCAUCACCCACGUGGCCACUCUUGAGGCUUUCGAUGCUCCGUCUGAUGCAUCCCUGCCGAUCGUUUUGACUCUGACCGACAUGGAUAAACCCUGCUUGAAGGGCCUCACACCGGACCGGCUGCGCAGCUUGCAGGCACUGGUUGGAACUGCAAGCAAGCUCCUGUGGGUUGCGACAGGACGACCGGGCCAGGAUCCGUAUGUGGGCAUGACAAAAGGGCUUUUACGGUGUCAAUCAUAUGAGAACUCUCACGCUCUAUUCCAGCACCUCAGCAUCGAGGAUCCCGACGCCGUAUCAUCACCAGAAGUCGUUAUCGCCACAGCCCUCAUGCGGCUAGCGCAUAUUGAGGUUGGCAAUGACUAUACACUCGCGAACUCUACUGAGAGCCCAGAAUGGGAGCUUCGGGUGGAUGAUGACGGGACACUGAAGAUUCCCCGCAUGCGGAGUAGCAAUGCGAUGAACCAUCGACUUCUGACUAGUCGAGGGUUCUCCAGUUCUGACUCUGUCGAGCCCCGACAUGCACGUGUGCAGAUUCUGCCUGAUGGUAGCAAUUUCUCCCUGGCGUCGUACCCCCUAAAGGAUCCUUCAAACGAAAUGGCUCACGAGCCCUGUGUUCGCGUUCAGGUCCACUAUGCCACUCUCUUCGGAGUCUGCAUCGAUGGCACGUUUCUACAUGUGAUCCUGGGUCAGAAUGAGAAGACCAAAGCGCGGGUUGUGGCUUUGUCCGUCGACCAUGCCUCGGUUGUUUCGACUCCGGUGUCCUGGUGUUUGGGUGCUCCCACUUGGCUUGCUGAAGAGGAUGAGGCGACCUUCUUGAAUGAGAUAUCUACGGCUAUGGUUGCACGGCAGCUGGUCAGCAAGACACCGGUCAACUCUACGCUCCUUGUCCAUGAAGCCUCUGGUGCGCUUCAAGAAUCAUUGGCCGCCAUAGCUUCCCUUAAGGGCGUCAGGGUACGCUUUACUACAAGGAUCAAGAAUCCCUAUCAAAGUCCAGCGAUGGUAACAAUCCCGCCCCGGAGCUCAUCGCGUGCGAUUUCCCGCCUACUGCCCGCUGGCGUCUCGGUGUUCGCUACGUUUGGGUCUGAGCCAGACACUCGGAUCCAGUCAUCGCUGCCUUCUACCGUGGCAACCUAUGGCGUACAAAACUUCUAUGGAGCUCCGUUAGCCCCAGCAAAUGGAUUUAUACUCGGUAAGGAUGCUCUGGUAUCUUCCUGCCUUCUCGCGGAGCAACGCAUCGGUUCACGGCCCGCUGUUGUCACAGUCAAGCCAGAGGACAUUGGAGGAUAUUCGCCCAGCAGUUACCGGUCGGAGAUUGUCGAUUGGGUGCAUUCAGGGCAGGUGUCGGCAUACACGCCAUCUGCAAGUUCCCUAGUUGAAUUGAGCGCCCAUAAAACCUAUCUGCUGGUCGGGAUGACUGGUGAUCUUGGGCGAUCGGUGUGUCAUUGGAUGAUCACCCGGGGCGCUCGCUCUCUAGUUCUCACCAGUCGAUCUCCGAACAUUGAUCCUGGAUGGCUCGAGGAGAUGUCAGCACUUGGGGCCCGUGUCGCCGUUAUGGCCAUGGACGUCUCGGACCGUACCUCGGUUCUAAAGGUACAUGAUCGCAUUUUGGCGGAGCUUCCCUCUGUUGGUGGUGUUGUCAAUGGCGCGAUGGUCCUUCGUGACUCCUUGUUUGCUGAUAUGGCGCUGGAAGACGUUCUCCAUGUGUUGAAACCAAAGGUCGAGGGCAGCUUGAUUUUGGAUGAGCUCUACCAGGAUAACGAUCUCGACUUCUUCAUCCUGAUGGGUUCGUUUGCUGGUGUAUUUGGAAACUUCAACCAAACGGCGUAUGCUGCGGCCGCCGAGUUCAUGUCAGGUCUCGUGCAUCAGCGACGGCUCCGCGGCCAGGUGGGCAGCAUCAUCCAUCCGGGUGAGAUCCGCGGCAUCGGAUAUGUGGCACGCAUGGAUUCGCAUUUGAUGGAUGUUCUGGCCCAGAACGUCGGCAAUCUUAGUAUUUCCGAGCGUGAUCUGCUGGAGCUAUUUGCCGAGGCCGUGGUAGCUGGCCGCCCUGAUUCCAACCGCACACCGGCCAUCAUCGGUGGCCUUGCCAUGACAGAUCCUGCGGUAUAUCCAGACGUGCUGUGGUAUUCUAAUCCGGUGCUGUGGCCCUACAUAGAAUAUUUCCAGCAGUCGGAGGUCCUGGAGGCCAACCAGGACCAGGUGCCCAUCAAGGUGCAGCUGCAGUCGGCCGGCACUUUGGGGCAAGUGGUGGAUAUUAUCGCGACGGGGUUCCGCAUCAAAUUGCGGAAGAAGCUUCAUCUGCCGGUCGAUGGGGAACUGCCUGGCACAUCAUUGUUGACGGAACUGGGGGUUGACUCGCUCGUGGCGGUCGAUCUGCGGGUUUGGUUCGUCAAGGAGCUUGGAGUGGAUAUGCCGGUGCUGCAGCUGCUGGGGGGUUCGUCGAUUGAUGCUCUGGCACGGAGUGCAGCUGAGAGGUUGGAUCCAGCACUGCUGUCAUUGGAACAGGCGUAGAUGAUCUGCCGAGGGCAGCGAUGGUACCUGAUGGCCGCUAUAGUCGAGUGACACUGCUGCUCCUGAUGUUUACUAUAGCAUCACUUCAACGUCAAUCAAUCAAUUAUGGACCUGUUAUCAGUCUUUAACAGUAACUAACUGGUCCGCGUUCAAACGUUGUCUCUCGCAUUGAAUCACCGUAUCUGAUUUGAAUGGCCAGCAAUGAUGUUCUGGCCCAUUGCGACCCACCCGUCGAUGCUUCGGGGCAAAAGAAGCGACGUCCAAGCG